AUGGGAUGUGCUUUGUUUGCUGUCCUAUACAUGAGGAUCCAGAUCGAAGAGCGGUCGCUACUGUUCGGAUGUCUAGGGCUCCAUUCCUGGAAUGAUUCUUGGAUUUGCCUUUGUAUGUUUGUCUUGGGGGUCGAUGAUCUGCUUGAUGGACCUCAGAAAAAGAUGCUCUUCGUCUCAAUAUGGUGUUCUUUCGCGAUAGCUCUCUACCUCUUGAAUUCACAGAAGAAACGAACAACAUAUUCUAUCAUUCCUGACUUCAAGCCCUGGAAAGCUCUGGUACUGGUUGUAACAGGAUUUGUUGGAGGUAUAUUCACGUCAUUCGCUGGUUCCGGAGUAGACAUAUGUAUUUUCUCCAUCAACACGUUGCUGUUCCGCGUUUCUGAGAAGACAGCGACACCCACGACAGUUGUGAUGAUGGGGCUGAACUCUAUGGUAGGGAUGUACUGUCGUGCAAUAUGGUACGCUAAUGUAUCCGAGCUCACAAUAGAGUAUCUGAAAGUCACAAUACCGGUCGCAGUGACCAUGGCGCCAGUCGGA